AUGGCUGCAGUCGUAUAUAUCACCGUCCACGGCUCUAAUGGUGCCACGAUUUCAUUGGUGUGCUCCAAAACAAAGGUAGCACCGCUCAAGCGGCUCACCAUCCCGAGACUUGAACUCACCGCAGCACUGCUGCUCUCAAGACUCAUGCAAUACGUUCAAGCCACCUUGAAGUUCAACGUUACAGAAACUCACCUGUGGACGGACUCUGUUGUGACACUCACGUGGAUCAAAUCUCAUGCAUUGCGCUGGAAGGAUUUUGUUCAUAUCGCUUCUGAGAAAGCGCCGAUACAAGUCACUAGACUGGCACUCAGCUUUGGAGGAGGCCAGAUUAUUCUGGAUCAAGGCUACUCAAGCGGCAUACUUCACGCAUGA